CUCGGGUCCUUACUGUCAACGCUAAAAUAAAACGGGGGGAAAAAACUUUUCAAUCGGGCUGUUAAGUAAAAACACAUGGUAUCGAGGAAACAAACCCCGUAAAGAAGAGCCAUCUUCCUCCGGGCUGUAAUGGUUGUUCGGACACGGCUUUGUUCGCGUAGCAGAGGCGGCUUUUUCUUCUCUCUUUCCCGGGGUCGCACAGGGAGAGCCAGCGGGCUGUAUCGGUGUAGCCGACUUGCUAGCUAACGUCAAGUUGUAAGAAAGUGGAGAAGACGGUGGCUAAACGGAGGUUUAUCCGCCUACACAGACCUAUGCGACGGAUAGCAGGUGAGUGAUGGAGACGAGAGAGUUGACCGUGGUAGCUGGCAGCUUCGUGGGUUUCCAGCUACUCUUCUCAGUGGCCAGCCCGCGGCUCUCCUACGCCCUCACACCAGGUUAUGGACGGCUGCCUCCCACCAAACUGACCGAGUGGAACUCCAGGUUGGUGUCGACUGUGCACGCUCUGAUUGUGGGUUUGUUCUGUCUGUACAUCCUGUGGUUCGAUGACGCGGUCAACGCCAACCCCGUCUGGGGUGACCCAAGUCUGGUCAAACUCAAUGUAGCCAUAACCUGUGGUUACCUUCUUUAUGACCUCGUGCUGCUAGCUUGUAACUGGAGCACAAUGGGGGACAGCUUUUUUGUCUGUCACCACUUGGCGGCGCUCUAUGCAUAUGGAUACGUGCUGACUCGUGGUGUGCUUCCCUACUUUGCCAACUUUCGUCUCAUUUCAGAGUUAUCCACGCCGUUUGUGAACCAAAGGUGGUUCUUUGAGGUAUUGAAGUACCCCCGCUCACACCGGAUGGUGGUGUCAAACGGUGUUGCCAUGGCGGUGGUGUUCUUCCUUGUGCGAAUUGCCGUCAUGCCAUCUUACUGGGCCAGUGUAUUCGCCACCUUCGGCACCCCAGACUUUGAGCGGCUGGGUUUGGGCGCCCAGGUGGCCUGGAUCUCCUCCUGCAUUGCCUUGGAUAUCUUGAACACUAUCUGGAUGUACAAGAUCGCCCGUGGCUGCUACAAAGUCCUGACAGGGAGAGGAGGAAGGAAAGUUAAGGAAGGAGCAGAGGCAUCGUCUUCCUCAGACAGGAAGUAUGUCAACAACCACACAGACUAAAAGAGAUGUAGAGUCAAGGAUGUGUAGACACAGACAUAAGCAGGGAGAGAGGCUGGACACCCAGGAACCUCACAGCCUCUCCCUUUGGCUAUAGCCUCAGCGUCCUUCCCACCCCCGCCCUUGUAUCCCCAGAGUUAGCCCUUGAUCUCAUUGUAGUCGGCUAGUGGACCGGGCUAAGAGUCCUCAGGUGACCCCGACACAGGACGAGGAGACUUGUCUCACUCAAGCACCAGCCUUUGCAGCCCUCAGUGUUUUCGCUGACAGAUUAGUAUCCUGCUGGGUGACAGCUUUUGGUCGCAGACGACAAGAUAGAGCUCACAAGCACACUUUUAACUCCGUCUGUCACUCGCCUCUUUCAUCACUACCAUCAUCCCUCUCGUCUCCCCUCACGCUCAACUUCAGCCAAAGCCCAAUCCUCUGAAGUGCCUGUGAAAGACAGGAAAGCAAUAAUAUUGGAGGAAUAAGAUCACAAAGUUUAACAAAGCUUCGCCCCUUCACACGACAACCAUCUCAACGACUGGAGGCCUCUUCUGUUGUUCAUACUCCGUCCAUACUCGAAGAGACGAGGCCUGCAGAGUGAAGAGCUCUCCCAUCAGACCCAUACAGUGAUUGUGAAUCUAUAGGGCUCUUGUCUUACUACUCAUCAGACCUCUCCAAAAGAGACAGAAAAACACCAUAAUGCCUCUUCUACAGUAUCACCUGCUGUGGCCUCCUUGUAACAAGUGGCGCCUGCCUAUAUCACCAGCCAUGCCCCUCCAACCUCCUUAUAAUUUGGAUUAUAUUAAAAAAAAAAAAAUUAAAAAAAAAAACCCUGAGAAUAUGCAUGCAGGAGAGAGAAAGACAAACUCUCUAACACCCUUAGCUUUUCACAGGAGGACUUUUGCCUUUUCAGUAUUCAUCGUGUUGGCAUCACUGUGCUGUGUUCCCUUUUUAUUAUUUUACACAGCCUCAAGUCCUUAGCAGUCACAGUAACAUGUCUAACUCACAUUACAUCUGUUGCAACCCUCUGCCUCACUGGAUAGAGCUCCUCUGUCCAGCUCGAACAUUUGAUUUGGUUCUACCUCUCCCCCUGCCUUACAGAGACUUCGUCAGUCCCUUCCUCAUGAGUUAAUCAACAUUUUUGUUUUUGUUUGUACUGUACUGUACGUAGCCUAUUUAAAAAAAAAAAAAAAAAGUUACCUUUUGUGAUAUCACUGGUUCAGAGGGGCUUCUCCCUCUCUGCUAACUGUCUUCAGAGCUUAUCCCAAGAAACGCCGCGGCAUCACCUUUCCCUCUCGACUGUCCAGUCGGUGAACCUUUUGUUAGAGAAACAACCCCGGGAGGCUUGGAUAGGCCACCUUCCACUUAUCUCCUCUGUUCUCAGUGACUUGAGAACCUAAUAGAGGAGGGGAUCAUACACAAGUUUGCACAUGCAUAGUAAAGCAUAGCAUGCAAACCGUACACUGUAUAUGGUGCCCCUCUAAAACGCCGACAUGGUGCUCUUCCUUCUGCUGAAUGUUAGCAACAUAACAUUUUUCCAAAUUCUCUCUAUUAACGAUCAAACUUAUUUGGCUGUACUAAUCUGUGACAACAAUAUGCUGUUGGAAGCAAUGUGGCAAUCUGCAUGUUUGUUUGUUUGGGUUUUUUUUUUUUUUUUUUUUUGCGUAAACUAUAGAUCCUCACUAUAAAGCAUGGUAAGAUUGACAUAUUUCUGUGAUGCCUUAGUGAAUAGUUAAAAUAGAUGAAUAACAUCUAAAUACUAAUUGCAUUAAUCUAAUGCUGAAAAGGGUUUGUCUUCCAAAACAGUUAAUGUUUCCUCCUCUCGGAGCAUACUGAACUGAAUGCAUGUGUUUUUGAUUCCUUUCUCCUCUCCCUGCAUGUCUCAACAGUAUAGACACAUACAGUAAGUGUGCAGGCACCUUUUUGCAUACUGUCCGUCUAAUUCACUAAUCCUUACCACAUUCUGUGUGUAACAGGCGGCAUUACUUGAUUUUUUUGAUUUUUUUUUUACAAAUUCAUUUAUUCUUCUCGUUGUACAGUCCUCUGUUAGCAGACACUAAUAACGACACAGCUGAUAUCACGACAGACAGAAACACAAGAGGAUGUUUCAGAUUUGACUUUAGCCACACAAACACACUAGAAGUGGAUCAUUGGAAAUUAAAUCUACAAAUUGUAAGUUUGUACUCCACUUACAUUUUCAUUUGUUUCCUUUUUGCUUAAAAACCACCGAAUUAGCAUUGCACUAAAUUGUUGUUUUUUUUUUGUUUGUUUCAAGGAUAAAAAUCGAUGCAGUAGAACAAGAGACCAUAGCCAGGGCUCCAUCCAUAUGUAGAACAAAUUCCAACCAAAUUAAAAAAAAAAAAAAAAAAAAUCUGUAAGAAAAUGCUAAUGAAUGUGCGAAUUCUACAGUCAGGCCAUUAAAUCACUACAGAAGAAGAGGACGCAACAAGAUAACAUGAUUAAAAACGUCAAACAACAGGAAAACAAUUCAGAAAACGUCGUGAUGGAAAUGUGGCAUUUUCUGUUUUUCACAUGUACUAAUUUGACGAAGGUCACAGUCUCCUCUCCUCUGCUUCAAGCACGUCUGACGGUUUCAUGUGACACGAUAUUUAGUCUCAAUGAAGCAGAAGCUCGAGUGAUGUUGCAGUCACACGCUUCAUGUAAGUCAUGGCACUCUGUAGCAUUUUUCUUUUAUCAAUGCACCAACUUUUCCACCUCAGCUAAGCAUAAUAGCGACUGACAGUUGGCACCAUCUGGCGCAAAUUGAAAAUGAUUAUUACCAACAGGUGAACCUAUGGUUUUUUUUUUUUUUUUUUUUUUUUUUAUUCCACACAUUUAUCUUCCUUUUUAAAACCCAGUGCCUACAUUUUCCAGAGUGCAACACAUCCACCACUGUUGCAGAUUUGGGUGUGUUAUGCUAGCAGCAGCUAACACGUAGUCGCAAGCCUUUAGCCUCAAGCAGAGAGGAGGAGCAGAACUCAUUUCUUUCCAACUCAACCACUCCCAGAUGUUUUUCCAUUUUCAAACUUCCAGUUUUCAGCCACAACUGACGCCGACUCAAGUGACAUCACUUGAGGCAAUUUAUCAAACUUUGCACAGCUCCUUUUUGGAGCCACAAAAGGCUUUACAAUAUAUAUAUAUAUAUAUAUAUAUAUAUAUAUAUAUAUAUAUAUAUACAUAUAUAUAUAUGCAUAUAUAUAUAUAUAUACACAUAUAUAUAUAUAUAGUGCACCUAUAGUCCACCCCAACACCUGUGAAGAAACUUCGAUGUGUAAAAUCGGUGGAGUUCCCCUUUAAGUCCUGGUAUCUGUAGUUACAUCAGUAGUUAUAAUAGUCUGAGAAUGUCCGGUGGUGUUUUCACUGUUGUCACUGUGGAACUAUAAAGCACACUCCCUGUGGAGCAAUAACUCAGUGAUCUCCUGUAUUUCUGUCUGUCACCACAGAGGAGGGGCUGCAGUAACUCGUGCCUUUACACAAACGGUGGAUGUGAUGCAGUCAGAUUUGGAUUAGCAUGAUCUUUCUAAUGUAAUAUCCAGUGAUUAUCUCCCCUCUGUCCCAUACGUAUACUCUAUGUAUAUAUUUUUAUAAUCUGCCUGCACAACGAUUAAUCCGGCCAAGUAUUAUAAUCCAAAGCUGAUCCCUCUCGGGGAGCGUGUUUUGUGUUGAUUAUUUUGUGCUCUCCUGAACACAGGGCUAAGUCUCGGUGAAUGUUGUGAUGGGUCAUUUAGCGGCAUUAAGACGAGCUUGCAGUGGAAAUCGAACUAUAUUUUUGUCAUAAGCUCUUUAAGAUAUACAGGUAGGUGAUGGGAAGGCUAACAUCUCAUUUCUCCGGCCUUCAAAACUGUGAAUAGCUGUAGAAUUAAAACUGUAAUAUUGUUCAGUCAAGAAACUAAAAAAAGGAAUAUGACUACAGUGGGAGGAGAUUUUACUGGGACUGGCUGAGCAGUGAUGCUGACACACUUCUUGUAGCGGCAUCGUGUGCUUCUUCUUGGAUGUCUUUGAGUUUAGACUUAUAGUUUAGACAAACUGUUGGACUGAGUUUUUGUACUUUCAGGAUUUUCUACAGAAUAUAUUUCAAGACCCGAUAUUUGUGCUGUAUCUCAACACCCUGGGGCUGUUUGGAAAAUCAACAGAAUGAAUUAAUGGUUGAUGAAUUUGAUAAAGCUGCUAUUGUAAGGCCAUGAUCUGUAUUCUGUACUGAGUAAUGUAUCGGGUGAGAACAACCCAAUUGCCUUUGUUUCUUUGGGGAGGCCAACGUUCAUUAUAUUAUAUAAUAAAUAUAUAUAUAUAUCAGAUGGGUACAUACGAAUCAUCUCAAUGUGCUGAUCCGAGGUCGAGUUGAUCUUUUGGGAACAUUAGGAGCAAAGCUGCAUUAAAAUUGGUACAUAAACAUUAUAUUGUGCUGGUCUUCUCAAGGUUACACAUGGUACUUCCACAACUAUUUGUCCCACUUUUGUUCCUCUUAAAUCUUUAUUUUCAAGUUCGAUCCUAGGUGUACAAUGAUAUAGAUUGGGUUGAAUCUCAGUAUUACAAAGAUGACAGAAUUUGUGUAGUUGUUAAAAAUGACUGGAAACCUUUUCAAUCAAAUGACUUGCCAGUUUUGUUUUGUUUUUUUUUUCUCCUUUGAAUGACUUGCCAGUGUGGCUUUAUGUUCCUUCCCCUUUCCGUCUCCUUUUGUUUUGUCUCUUAAUGCAAUGCAAUUUGUUGUUAUGAUCUGUUUUGUUUUUCUCUGGAGAUUUUAAUGUGAAGCAGCCUACACUACACACUGGCCUUAGGGGUCCUCGUCUGAGCAUUACCUUGUGACUCGGAUUGUUGUCGUCUACAAUGACCACUACUAAUGAUCAUGUAAUUGUAGAGCUGAAAGCUGAGACUUACUUGAAAGUGUUGUUCUUCAAUAAAGCUGAAGACAAGAGAAAAUGUUUGGUGAAACUUUUUUUCUUCUUAAUUACGCCCCAAGUUUCCUUUUUAAUGUACUAAUUCGCUAUUGAGCGAUGAUGUCAGCAUGAGAAUGACCUGUUGUGUUCAGUGUAAUGCAUCCAGACAGCGGCAUACUGAACUGGUCCAGUCAUCCGCCUGCUGCGUACCCAAGCACAAUAAGACCAGCUACUGGUAGUUGGCACCAUUACUCUUUUCUUUUUAAAUUGUGCGUGCGUGUGUGUGUGUGUGUGUGUGAGAGAGAGAGAGCGAAAGAAAGAGGGGAAAGUGUUGGAGAUAUUCAACAAAAAAGGAAGAGUGAAGAACAGACUGAGACAUUCAAAAUGAGAUGAAAAGGUGAAGCCAAGACUUUGGCUGAAAUAGGGGAUGAAAGGCAGAUAUGAAGGAGCACGGAAAGUGAAAGAUUUGAAGGAGGGGGCGGCGGGGUCUGAGCCACAGUAGGUCUGUGAUUGGAACCAUCUCCUGUGUGUGUGUAUGUGCGUGUGUGUGUGUGUGUGUGCGUGCGUGCGUGUGUGUGUGUGUGUGUGUACACACCAAUCGGUCAAGGGGCUUGGUCAGAGACUGCGCUUGAGGAGCUUUACCAAACAUGGUCACGUAACAGAGACUCAAUGAAAAUUUCCUCUUGCUACUACAGCACACACUCACGGCGUGGACUUCACUCACGCACAGGGUGAAAAAUCAUCACCUGCGCGUCGUGUAAACAGAGAAACACACCUGCGUGUUAGGAAAAUACACCGUCUGUCGUCGCCGGAUUCAACACAAUUUCUAUCACAUUACCAGCACAAAGAAGCAUGUGCAGUACGCCUCUGUGUUUGUGCUGCUUUCAUUGCUGAAUCUGCAACAGGGCCACAGCCUCUCGAGUGUGUUUACCUCCUGUCAGCUUUGUUUAUAAGACAUUUUUAAGAAUUAAUGUCUAUAAAUGUCACAUACAAGGACCACUAUCUGUGAUUCGACUUUGUUCCUCGUGAGCAGCACCAGCCGGCCACGACUCUCAGCAAGUUAUAAUUAUGUAAAAAUAAAUAGAUUAUAGGGAUAUGCCUAUUUCAGGAGGAAUUUGGUGAAGACCUUUCCCAGACUUGGGGAAACAAAAACACAUUUAAAAAAAAAAAAAAAAUCUACAUUCCAGACUUUUGGAGACUCUGUAAACGGAGCCGAUUUUACAAGGUGCUCAAACCUUUUUCCAGAGGUGAUCAAAAUAAGUUUUCAACCAGCUUGUUAACAAGCGGCACCUUCAGCGUCACCACCUAGCUCAGCCGGAGAUGUCAUGAGCCCGUCCCAGCCUGUGAGUGAGGGCCAAGAUUUAAGGAGUGUGAAAACAACUGAAAGGGAUGGACGGUCCAUUUCGUGCUGCGUCACCGCCCCUCAGGUGGAACGUGGACGAGGGACGAGUCCUCGGAUAAGUCUGAUUACAAAAGGUCAAGAAAACAGACGUGUGCUCGCUGCUGAAAAAUUCACAGACUGGACGUUUGUCACGGUUUGAAAUACUGAAAGUAGUUGAAGUGGCAGUUGAAAUAUUGGAAGAAGUUGAGUAAGUUAUGUAAUAAAGUCAUUUAAUCUUGUUGUACUUCGAUUUUGUUCUGCUUUAUCUUCCGCUCCACGACAUUUCAGAGGGAAAUAUUGCGCUUUCUAUUCCACUACAUUUUUGUGACAGCUUUAGAUACUAGUUACUUUUAAGAUGAAGACUUUACACAAUGGAUAACAUAACAAGCUUUUAAAAUACAACACUUUAUUAAAGAUUAAACCUGUGGUUUCCAACCUUUUUUUUUUGUCUUCUUACGUCUUACAAAAAGCAACGUAUAGUCAGAUGUAUAAGAUCUGAGAAUAUGAGCUCGCUGACAUGUUGAAUAACAUGCUUGUGGUUUUACUGACCAAAUCCAGGUUUGUUUGAAGCUUCCUGUCCUACUGUAGCGACAGGUUGGAAUUAUGAUGCCAUGAACUCAGCCUUCAGAACUCCUCUGAGCUGCGCAGGAUCUCGAGGCCUUCUACCAUAAAUAGCCAGACGGAGUGGAGUGAGGAGAGGGGUCGGUGGGUGGAGGGAGAAACGGCUUACUGUAGAAAUGCCCUUCUGCGUUUCUGAAACUGCACUAAUCUCCCUCUCUAUCCCCCUCCUCUCCUUCCUUUUCUGUGUUUCUGCAUCUUUUCUUCCUAAACAGUUUUUUUUGUCCUUGAUAUGCUCUGUCUGCACUUUGGUAAAUUUCAUGACUCACGACUUGCAUCUGACCUCACGCCUCCAUAACAACAUACCUCUGUAUUCAACCUGGAGCUCUCCUGCCAUCCCAGAUGUCUCUCCGGUGGUAUUCGCUGUUGAUGUAUCUCUUUACUCUGAAAUACUUUCUCUGAAAUGUGCCAUGUGUGUUCAGUAAAUUUCAGUCCUGGUAGAAAUUAGAAAUUGUAAAUCAUCAGACAGUUAAACUGCUCCUUUGUUUGGAUUGCUGGAUUGGUUAUGAUCUCACUAAGCUCCCAAAAAACCCAACCUCAUCCAUUUAAAAUGAAAAUACUGUAAAUACAAAGCACAUUAAAAUCUUUUAUUUAAAAGAGGCCUCUUUACUCAUCAGCUACCAUUCACAUUACAUUCUCCAACACAGUAAAUGUACUCAAAAGUAGACGAUCUUAGAGUCAACGUAAACAGUAAAUCCCACCUUGCAGUAAGUAUCUGACUGCAGUCUGUUAUUUUUAGUGUGAGGGAUUCCUCUAUUCCUCUUUCACAAGACAUUACAUCUCUAUCCCUCUCAGCUUAGGCCCUUCCCUUCUCCCAUCAUGCCCAAAUAAAGUGUCCGAAUUCCA